UUGAAGGAAGCCGUCUGCACUGUCUGGCUGUGUACUGUAGACUUAAACAGCAUGGGAGACUUCGAGCAGUAUGAGCAGGACUUCUACCAGACAGGAUAUUACACAGAUGACCAGGGUCAACCUGUGGCCUAUUACAAUAUCUACGAUCCCACAAGCCCUCAUUAUUAUGGCGAUGGGGAACAGGCUUCCAUGCCAGAUGCUCUGGAUCCUUCCAUGGAGCAGUACACUGGACAGUUCUACCAACCUACCGGGUCUUCUGGUACUGCUGGAGGCGCAGGGACAGAUUCUCUUGAAGAGGAGCCGCCCCUUCUUGAAGAACUUGGCAUCAGUUUUGAUCACAUCUGGCAGAAGACGCUGACAGUGUUGAACCCCUUCAAGCCUGCAGAUGGCAGCAUAAUGAAUGAGACUGAUCUGACUGGUCCGGUCCUCUUCUGCAUCACACUGGGGGUCUUUUUAAUGAUGGCAGGUAAAGUCCACUUUGGUUAUAUAUACGGGCUCAGUGCCACAGCCUGCGUUGGGGUGUACAUUCUGCUGAGUCUGAUGAGUACUGUGGCAGUGUCUCAUGGUUGUGUGGCAAGUGUCCUGGGCUACUGCCUCCUGCCCAUUGUGGCCCUCUCUGCAUUUGCUGUCUUCUACUCUUUGCAAGGAAUGCUGGGUACAGUUCUGGCCUUCUUAGUGAUUUGUUGGUCUAGUUUGUCGGCCUCCAAGAUCUUCAUCUCCACCCUCGGUAUGGAGGGACAGCAGAUACUGGUUGCCUACCCAUGUGCCCUGCUCUACGGACUCUUUAUAAUGCUCGCUGUAUUUUAA